AUGUUGAAACAUCCAUUCUCUUCUUUAGUGAUUAAUAAAGAAGGCACUUUGCUCUUUGUUACGGUGCAAAAUAACAUUUUAGUCUAUGAAUUGCAAACCAAGGAACUUUUGGAUAGAUGGACUGAUGAAGUAAGCACAGAUUUUGUGAUCAAAAAGAAGUUUGAGAAAAUUAUUGAGGAGGCCAAGAAAAAAAAAGAAGAUCUGGAAAAGGAAGAAAAGAGUGCAGAGGAAUCAUCAGAAAAGGAUUCCAAUGCUGCAAAGAAGCAAAAGCUCAACAGUUCCAAGGCCAAGAUUCCAAAGAUUCCAACACCAGGGCCUGGAGCUCCACAGAUCUUCAACGAUGUCCGCAAUCUCUACUUGACUCCUAGUGAAAAAUACUUGAUUGUAACUACUAAUUCAGAUAAGGCUGUUGUGAUUUUCAAGUUACAUAAAGGAGAAAAAUCAGUACUCGAGCUCAUUAAAAGACAACCAUUUCCUAAGAGACCAUGUUCUGUAUCCGUCUCCCGUGAUGAGAAGCAACUCGUACUCGGUGACAAAUUUGGUGAUGUUUAUUCUAUUGCAGUGGAAAGUCCAAUAAUUGAAGAUCUUGGAGAAUCAAAUCUCGAUGAUAAAGAUGAAGCCAAGCUUCCGACUCCAAUCCUUGGCCAUGUUUCCAUGUUGACUAAUGUUAUGAUGACUGUUGAUAACAAUGGUAAAGAGAAAUUGAUUACCGGGGAUAGAGACGAACAUAUCAGAAUUUCAAACUUCCCAAAAUCAUAUGUGAUUGAUAAAUUUUGCUUUGGUCACAGAGAGUUUGUUUCUGAAUUAUUGAUUCCAGAAUUCGAUAGACUGUUGUUGAUUAGUGGUGGAGGUGAUGAAUUCGUAUUAACCUGGGACUGGUUGCAUGAUGAUAAGCCAUUGCAGAAAAUAGAUCUCAAAGAGUAUGUGACACCAUAUUUAACUGAUUCGCACCUCAUUCCAGUGAGAUGGGUAAAAACAGAAGAAGACAAAACUAGAAAAGAGUUUUGCGUGGCCAAAAUUGCUGUCAGUGAAAAAACUCGGAAAUUGGUAGUUUUGCCAGAACAGACGAGGAUAUUGUUGGUUUUCAAGUUUGAUGAAGAUAGGAAAAAGUUUGAGUUUGAGAAACUCAUUGAAGAUGAUGACACCAUAAGCUGUAUGACUGUAGACAGUAUGAAUGAUAAAGUAUACUAUGGUGUUGAUAAUAAAAAAGAUUUGGUCAAGGUUCUUGAUCUUGAUGGGUUUAGUGUUUCCAAAUAUGAGAUUGAGAGCCCUAUUGAGGUUGAAGAUGAGAAGGCCUUGUACCCAUUAUACAAUAUUGGGCAGCUACGUAAGAGAAGUGAACAUUGA